CUGCUGAGUUGUCAACUUUCGAUCUGUGCAAAAUUGUCGAACUAAAUUUGUACAUUUUGUCGAUGGUUUACCUAAACAUAAUGUACUGACAUGUCGCAGUUUACAUUAUACGUUUCAAAUUUGCCCGACGGAACGACCCUUGACGAUUUGCUAAUAUAUUUUCAAUCAACGAAGUCUGGUGGCGGCGACGUGAAUGAUGAAUCUUGCAUAUUAAUUAAUGGCAACAAGGCUGUUAUUGUCUUCGACCACAACGAAGAUCUGCAAAAUGUCCUUCAAAGACAGCAUGAAAUUAACGGAUGCAAAAUAGAAGUAUCUGCAAAUCGAGCACGACCAGUCCCCAAGAAACGAGAACGAUUCUCAGCGGCAAAUUUCAACGCAGAAAACAAGAGUGUUGAUAAAGCUCAGCUUGGUGAAGUACGAACCAUUUUCGUUGGUGGGCUCUGCUCUGUUAUAACAGAUGACACGUUGAAAUAUUUCUUUGAAAGCAAAGAGCGAUCAGGAGGAGGAGAAAUUGAAAAAUUUGACAGGCGUAAAGAGGAUGCUGCUUUUAUUACGUUUAAGAACGCCGAAGUUGCAGAAAGAGUUUUACUUCAAAACAAAGUGGAAAUUUCUGGGUACUUAUUACAACUUAAAGCUGAAAUACCAGAGUUAUAUCUUCCAAAAGACAGAAGAAAACUUUUCCUGGAAAACAUCGAUGCAAAAACGACCAAGGAUGGAUUGACAUUUUUUAUGGAAGCAUUUACUGAAGCAUCCGUGAUGGACGUUUGGAUGGGUAAUACUGGCAAAGCUAUUGUUGUAUUUGACAAAGAUUUAGACAAAGACACGGUGCUGAAAACUCAAAAGACAUUAGACGGAGCAGUUUUGAAAAUUUCCUUUCCACCUGUUUGUAACAGCGUUUUGGUGAGUGGCCUUUCCUCAAACACGACAAAAGACACGAUUGAAAUGUAUUUUGAGAGGCAGAGUAACGGUGGCGGGAAGAUCUAUGGUGACAUAAUACAUCAGAAACACAAAAGAAUCGCUGUUGUUUCGUUUUGUGAUCCAGAUGUUCUAGAAAAUUUGAUUUCAAAGACACAUCGCUUGGAUGAUUGUUUGUUGACAUUACGUCAGCAUUAUCAAUUUUUUGAGAAAAUAGAAGAAACUAGCAUUGUAAAGGUGGAGUCUUGCAUUGACGUAGUUCAACAUGUCAUCUUGUUCCACAAGCAAGAAUUUUCUGAUGCAUUUGGCAAAGAAUUGUUUAAAAAUUGGAAGAAAGCGGCGGCGAAAAUCUUCUGUUGCCCGAGGACCUUGCGAAAAGAGUCGAGUCAUAUUUUUGUCGCGUUCGAGACCGAGCUAAAAAAUCUCGUCAUGAAACUCCAAGACAACAACGUCACAGCUAGGUUGGAUCGUGAUGCGUCUUUCGUAAAACUUGUCGCACGUGCUAGUGAAAUUGAGAAAAUUUGCGAGAAAUUUCAGGACGAAACAUCUAAAAUGGAAAAGGAUUUAAAAAUAGUCAAGUCUGAUGGACUUAACGUCUUCAACGAUGACUUGAAAGAUAAAAAAUUGCACGCGAUGGUAUAUCUUAGACAAACGAGGAAAAAUCAAGUCAACAUUCUUUGUGAUGAUGUCAGUCGCGUGGAAGAUGUGAUUUCUUUCAUGGAUGAAAUAAUGUUUGAAAAACAGUUUGAAGUCGAGGAAGACAGCGUCGAUGUUCUAAAAAGUAACAAAUGGAAGAAGUUUUCCGAAAGUUUGGUGACGGAGACAGCUGUGAAAUUGUAUCUCGACAAGUCUAAUCCAUACGUGAUUUCAUUGGUAGGCGAGAAGAAAGUUGUCGAAGAGGUGCAUGACUCGAUCGAGGAAUUUAUGCAAAAUAAUUCAAUUUUGCAGCAAAGUAUUGAAUUGGGGGAAGGUUAUUUGGAAUAUUUAUCAAAGUUUCACGACAAAAAGUUUGAAGAAAUUGAGAGAAAUUGUGGCAAAUUCUCUGUUACCAUUGCAUUGAAAAACCUAAUAUCCAAAGUCAUAAAAGAGGACAUUUGCAUUGAGAAGCCCCGGAUGCAGGAAUACUUUUUGUCCGAUGAAGGAAAAACCUUUAUUCAAGGGAUUGAAGCAAAACGAGCAUGCCUAAUUCGUGUCUCUAAUGACGAAGAUGAUAGCGCAAAUACGGAGGCCCGUAAAAUCACAAAUGAAGGACCAAUGUCAAAGCUGCUUUGUUCUUACAAAAUUAAAGAUGGAAAUGUGUGUUUGAAAGUCAUAACAGACGACAUUACUAGUUAUCGUUGUGAGGUUAUCGUGAAUGCUGCCAACGAAAGCUUGAAGCAUGUCGGUGGUCUCGCGAAAUCCAUUCUUGACGUCGGAGGAAAUGAGAUUCAGGUCGAAUGUGACGAGCAUGUAAAAUCGUGGGGAAAGCUAUUCGAUGGUGAAUGUUUCAAAGGUAAGCCAGGUCACUUGCCGUGUAAAAGGCUCGUUCACGCCGUGGCUCCUCGCUGGGACAGCGCCCAGGCAAAAAGGAAACGGAGAAUCUUGCACGAGACAUGCAAAAACGUGUUGGGAGAAGCUAGUGCAUACAAAUCUGUUGCUUUUCCAGCUCUCGGCAGUGGCAUCUUCGGCAUUCCGAAAGACGUUUGUGCUACAGUCAUGAUAGAAGCAGUUGAGGAAUUUCUUUCGGAAAAUGAGGAGACCUCGUUGAGUGAGAUUUGCUUCAUCAACAACGACGAAGAAAGCACGAAUGCCUUUUUGAAGAAAUUUCGGGAAAAGUUUGCCAAUAAAGUGAACUUCUUUGACAACGAGAAAAAGAGCUCUUUCUUCAACGGCUCGCGUAAAAAAGUGUGCGUGCGGACGCAGACAAAAAGAAACAAAAUUGAUAAUAAAAGUUUUAUGGCUGACGAGCCGGUACCUGCCAGAAAAAUUCCGACUGAUUGUAUUGUCACCAAAAAGAAUUUAAAGAUUUCUGUUGUUGUUGGAGAUUUGUCCACUUUUCAGGCGGAUGUUCUUGUCAACACAACCAGCGAAACUUUAAAACUUGAUUCAAACCCGUGUGGUAAAGCAUUGAGUAACGAGGCUGGACCACAACUCCAAGCUGAAUGUGAUAAGAAAGGUGGUGUAAAAGUUGGAGAGGUGGCUGAAACUCUGGGCGGAAAUCUUCUUUGUGACCUCGUAUUUCACGUCGUUUGUGUUCAGUACAACAGUGGGCAAGGAGAACAGGUACUGAAAGACAUAAUCAAGAACUGCUUGCAAAGAACUCACACUCUUGGCAAAAAAUCUAUCGCUUUUCCCGCCAUUGGAACAGGAAUUUUGGGCUUUCCACAUGAAGUCGCCGCUAAAAUUUUCUUUGAAGAAACUAAAGCGUUUGAGAAAACGGUCAGUAAAUGCAACAUUAAAGAAGUAAGUUUUGUUGUCUACAAUCAAGAUGUGAAAUCCAUCCAAGCUUUCAAAGAUGAAUUGAAGAAGCAAGUGGAGUUUGAUGCUGGUGGCAACCCCCCCGUCCAUAAAGUACCAGACAUACCACGAAGGAAAUCUCGUAGAAAGCCAGGUGGGGAAGUGGGCAGUAAUCUUUUCAUUCAAGUUGGAGAUGACAAAACGAUUGAAAUCGUUCAAGGGGACAUAACAAAAGAGACCACGAACGUGAUUGCGCAUCUCAGCAAUCCCGAUCUUUUUAUGGGGAGUAGUGUGGGCACGGCCAUUUUGAAAGCUGGCGGACAACAAAUACAACAAGAGUGUAAAAGCAAACUUAGAUCGCAAAAGCCAUCGAUUGGUGACACCGUCUUCACGUGUGCAGGUAGUCUGGAGGCAAAAUUUAUCGCUCAUAUGAUAACUACGAACACUCCAAACUUCAAAGAUAUAGAAAAAAGCAUCGAGGGAUGCCUUAAUGCGGUUGAUGCGCAAGGUCUCGAAAGCGUCUCUCUUCCUGCAUUUGGGACGGGCAAUUUAAAACAAGAUCCCGAAAAAUCUGCCAAAGCCAUUUUGUACACCGUCAUUCGUUUUCUUGAUUCAAACUCAGACACACUCGCAAACGUACGUAUUUUAUUGCAAGAUGAAGAUUUGUUUUUAGCGUUUAAAACAGUUGCAAAAAGUAUUGAACAAGAAGAAGAACCUGGUAUGCUUAAAAAAUUUGUGAAUUAUUUCUGGAAAUCUUCCACAGAGCACCCAGUUUUGAGUGUCGAAGAAAGAAAACCGGAAAUCAUCAAGAAAAUCUACCUGAUCAUUUAUGGCAUUACUAGAAAUGGGAUCAAGGAUGCAAAGAAAGAAAUCGAAGGCUACAUGGAGAAACAGAAAAAGAAAGAAAAGCUUGAACAUGACAUAAUCGAUAAACUUUCUCCAGAGCAGCUCGAGAAGAUAGAUUUUAUUUGUGAAAUGAAAGAUGUCAAUGCAAAGAUAGAAAAUUGUAAUCGCAUUAUCUUGGUUGGACAUGCUGAUGAUAUUGCAAAAGUAGUUGCCGAUAUCUACAAAUAUUUCCAUAAGAUAACCGAUGAAGAAAAAGAAAAAGAAAAGGAAGUUUUGCGCUCCAACUAUGCCGAGAUAUUGUCUCAAUCAGUGCAAUGGUGCUUUCAAAAUUCUGAUGGCGAAGAGGAAGAUUACGAUAAAAAGACGAACGCCAUCAUCGAAGAUUCGUUUAGCAAAAAAGAAAGUUCUGUUAUGUUUAUGUUAGAUGGUGAAAAGUGCGAAAUUGUAUUCGAUAAGAUGGAAGAAAAGAAUUUGCAAGGCAAUAAGACUUUAAAGGUGACCAGGAAAAAUCUCCAAUCAGAAAGAGGUGAUAUACUACUGCCUGAUUAUUGGGAUCCGCAGCCAGUUGACGCUAAUAACAAGGAAGUAGAAGUUCAUCUGGUAAAGUUGACGCAAAAUGAUCCAAAGCAAAAAGUCGAAUACGAUAAAAUAUCGAGUCAUUUUCAACAAACGGCUAUGCGGCAGAAUAUCAUAGAAAUUCAACGUGUUCAAAAUCCUACACUAUUCAAGCAGUAUUUCCUUAAGAAGAAAAGCUUGGAUGAGAAGAGUGGAAGCAAUGAAAAGUUUUUGUUUCAUGGUACACAUGCUGACAAGGUUAACACCAUCAACAAAUCAGGACUGAACCGCUCUUAUGCUGGAAAUGCAAAUGGAAUUGCAUUUGGGAAAGGUGUAUACUUCGCAAGGGAUGCCGCCAUGUCAGUUGGUUAUGCUAGGGCGAAUGCAUCUGGAAUGAGAUAUAUGUACUACGCGAGAGUAGCCGUUGGUGAAUAUACCUCAGUGGCUCCAGUAUGAUUGUUCCACCUGCAAAAAGCGUAAAUGAGUUUUAUGAUUCCACCGUCAAUGACGUCAAUGCUCCCACAAUUUUUGUUCUGUUUCAUGAUAGUCAGUAUUAUCCUGAAUAUUUGAUCACUUUUCAGUAAAAAAUAUCGCCAAUGUUCUUAACUAAUGCACCAUUCGAAAUUGAAACCAGAGAGUUAAAUGGCGUUAAAAAUUUACACAACUAUAAAGUAUGAAACAAACAAAAUACUCCAUAAAACUA